CCCGCCAGCCGCCGGCGCCGGCACCGCCGCCCAGCGAUCUGGCCGCGGCGGCUCAGAGCGCGGCUGCGGCGGGCGCGGGCGCCGGCGGCACCCUCCCGUCCGUCUGUCCUGGGAGCUUCGCCUGCGCGCCGACCCGCGGGGGGCCAGCAAGCUUUCCGGCCCGCAGCGGGGGCGGGGACGCCAGGCUAGCGGCCCCUCCGACCCCCACGAUGAGGAAGCAGAGGCUCAGGCAACAGUAAUACACCCACCUACACAGAGCUAGGUAAUCGCGGUGCACUAGCCAGGUGGUCGGCCCCAGGCCCAUGCCGUGAGACCGGGAGGCGCCGCCAGCAUGCCGUGGGACGCACGGCGGCCUGGGGGCGGCGCGAACGGCGGGCCCGAAGGCGCGGGCGCAGCGCGCUCGCGGGCGCAGAAGCAGUGCCGCAAGUCGUCGUUCGCUUUCUACCAGGCCGUUCGCGACCUGCUGCCCGUGUGGCUGCUGGAAGACAUGCGCGCUAGCGAAGCCUUCCACUGGGACGAGCGCGGGCGCGCCGCCGCCUACUCGCCGUCGGAGGCGCUGCUCUACGCCCUCGUGCACGACCACCAGGCGUAUGCGCACUAUCUGCUGGCCACGUUCCCGCGGUGCGCACUCGCGCCGCCCAGCGCCGGCUUCCGCUGCUGCGCGGCGCCCGGGCCGCACGUGGCGCUGGCCGUGCGCUACAACCGUGUGGGCAUCCUGCGCCGCAUCCUGCGCACCGUGCGCGACUUCCCGGCCGAGGAGCGCGCGCGCCUGCUCGACCGGCGAGGCUGUAGCCGCGUGGAGGGCGGCGGCACGUCGCUGCACGUGGCCUGCGAGCUGGCGCGACCCGAGUGCCUCUUCCUGCUGCUCGGCCACGGCGCCUCGCCCGGCCUGCGCGACGGCGGCGGCCUCACGCCGCUCGAGCUGCUGCUGCGUCAGCUGGGCCGUGAUGCCGGGACCGCCCCCGCUGUCGGGGCGCCUGCGCCCGGGGAGCCGCGCCAGCGCCGCCUCCUGCUGCUUGACUUACUGGCGCUGUACACGCCCGCGGACGCAGCCGGCCCGGCCCGCCGCGAGCUGCUGGGCGACCGGCCGCGCUGGCAGCGGCUGCUGGGCGAGGACAAGUUCCAGUGGCUGGCGGGCCUGGCGCCACCCUCGCUCUUCGCGCGCGCCAUGCAGGUGCUGGUCACCGCCAUCUCGCCCGGCCGCUUCCCCGAGGCCCUGGACGAGCUGCCGCUGCCGCCCUUCCUACAGCCACUGGACCUCACGGGCAAGGGCUAGACCGCGGGGGCACCCCGGGUGCUGGAUUUUUGCAGAAUACUAUUUUUCAGAGCGUUGUACCCUGCACUUUACAUAUAUUGUUCUCUGGACAGCAGAAUCUCUGCUUUGUCUGUAGCGUGCUUUGGGGGCUGGGCCAGGACGGGCAGGCGGACCCGGAGCUGCAGGUCUUCUGGAUCCGGCCGCGCUCAGCUCCCCACCUCCCUGCGUGGAGCUGGGCUACGGGGUCAGGCGACGCCUGAGAGCCGGGCCUUGCCCUCAGCUCACUACCCAGACCCUGAGGAGCGGCCUCCCAUCUUGAUUUAGAGCCUCUGGGAAGGUGUCCCGGAGGGAGAGACAGCUGAGCUGGGCAGGUGCAGGGGGGUGGACUGACGUGUCCAGGCAGGGGGACGGCGUGUGCAAAGGCCUGGAGGCCGAGGGAACCGCCCGUGGGCGCUGGGUGGAGAUUCUCUGCCCCGUCAGCAGGUGGGGCCUCGACCACUCCCCUGUGGGGCUGGGCCUCAGGUCCCGAGCUGUGGAGGGCAGGACCCAGGCUGUGCCUCCUGUUUGCCCCCGUCCCGUCCUGGCCACCUGCCUCCUCCUCGGCUGUCACUGGGACCGCGCCCUCCCCAAAGAAGCCCAGGCCUGGACUUGUCGCAGUCGCCCCAUUGGCUCUCCUCUGGCGACUGGCAGGUACCUAAUCCUGGGGCUCCUGACGGGCGUGGCUGCGUCACCCCGUGGCGGGCCCUCCAGCCUCAGCCAGUAGACCUGGUUUCCGCAGGAAGGGUUUGAAGAUGGAGACUGGUUGACCCUUCAGGACAGAGGGACCCUGGCUGAGAAGCUGGGUCCGUGCCCCGAGGAGCCUUGGGAUCAGGGAUGGCCAGGCUGUCCUGCCCGGGAAUUCUGCUGGGCCGUGAAAUUCAACCCGCGCCGGCAUGGGCUGGAGGGCCACGAUGUUCUGCCAGGAGCAGAGGGCUAACGAUCUGCCCGAUGAACAGUGGCCGCCUGGCUGGGGGCACCCACUGCCCACCCUGCCCCCAGUGUCCCCGAGGGGGGCAUGCCUGGGGGCCGAAGGGGCUUUGGGUGGUGGUGGCAGAGUCCAGGGUGAUGGGCCGUCAGAGGGGGGCUGUGGAAGGGGCCUGGGCAGCGGGAAGCUCUGCCAGGGGGCCUGGUUCUGGUCUGCACCUGCCACCCACUCUGAGGGUGACCUUGGAUAAACCCCUGCCUUGGGCUUCAGUGUCCCCAACUGUUUACAAAGGGGUUUUGGAGCAUCUCCAAGCUCCCUACCUGCCCUGGAAAGGAUGUGACCCCCGUUGCUGGGAAGCGUGGGGUGGGUGGGCACACAGCCCUGGUGGGGAGGAGGGGGGGGAUGGAGGGGUGUACGGCCCGGUGCUGAUCCUAGAUUCUGGGUGGGAGCGAGGGCUUCUCCCCUCCUGCUGUGUGUCCUGGCCCAGUUAAAUAGCCUUUCUGAACCUUGACACUUGGGGGCAGUGGAUACUAGCAUCUCUAGCUUAAAACUUGGGACAUCAGGAGUCCCCUGGUUCUUAACCGGGGAUGCGUUGCUGCGGGAGGGUGCAUUCCUUUGGAGGAGGUGGAAAGGGCAGACCAGAGCAGCAGGUCUCCGUGGCUUCUGGGCUUUGGGCUUAGGGAGAUGUUGGGAACUUUUGGCGCCCUCGUGCCCAAGCAGCUUCUGCCUGGAAAGAACCUGGGCACCCGACGGGGGACCUGGGCAUGCAGACUUCCCCUCAUGUCUCCCAGGUCCCAGCUCUGUCCUCUGUGGGGUCAGCCCUCCUGGCCCAAGGCCCAGGGCUAGGCCCCCAUCCGCUUCCCUGUUAGACCUACAGCUGCCCCUUUGGUGAUGAACUCCUUUGAGCCCCCUGGGCUGGGGAUGGAGUGAUGCAAGGUUGGGGGGGCUCCCUGGCGGGGACCCUACAGAACCCAUUGUCCGGGGAGCAGGAGGCAGCCCCUGGGCUGGUCCUGGCACGCAGGGCAGGAUCCAGGCAGGAGUUGUUGUGGGCACCACAGCAGGGGGCCCAGCCCCGGAGCACAGCUUCAUAGCUUGGAGGGGUGCAGGGCAGGACGGCAGCGGGGGGGCGUCAGCCCCGGGUGUCCUGGCCGCGGCCUGGUGGGACAGGGAGCCACAGGGAAGGCUGAAGAAGCCCUGUGGCAGCAGAGUGGGGCCUGAUUCCUGGCACAGCUCCCACUGAGUCCCACUGGGGACCCCUGGCCCAGGGCACCCCAGGCGUCCGUGGGAGCAGAGAACCCAGAGCAACAGUGCAGGGCGGAGAAGCCUCAGGGUUAUCUGGCCGCUGCUGCCGGCCGAGUGAGGGCGGGCAGGCGGGCCUCAGCACUGGCCUUAUCACUCCCCUGGGCCCUCCAGCACCCCGUCACCACUGUCACCCUGGUGAUGAGCAGGGAGGCCUGGGGAGGGCCAGAGUCAGCCAGGAGACUCACUUCUUGGCUGUUGGCAGGUAGCCUUGAUGGCUUCUCAAAGGCAAUGGCUCUGCCUGGGACAAGGCCCACGUGUCUGGGACAAAGCACCUUGGUUCGUUCGUUCACUUCCUUCAUUCCAUGAACCUUGUCUAAGGAAAACCCCACUCCUGCCAGUACUGCCCCUGCCAUGGCCAUCCAGGGGCCCAGUGAACUUCCAACUCCGGAGAGCUCAGGGGCCAGAAUCCCUGCACCCCAGACACCUGUCGGGGAGGACAGAGAAGGCUGGGCUGCUCGUCCCCAAGGUACUGUGACCCUGUGCCUGGAGCCCGAAAGGGACACACAGCCCUGUGACGGCCUGUGGCCACAAGGCCCCUGCUCUGCCCCCACUUUGGCCGUGUCGUGUGCUAACUUACCCCAUUACUACCUCGAUAUUCCUACUGAUUUCCUUUCCUGUCAAUUUCUUCAACUUUAAAAUACUGUAUUGAGAGCA